GAUUGUAUCCUGUGAAAAAUUUCCUCAAAUAGGAGAAAAGGCUUGCAUUGCAGUUAACCCAACAGCACCCAUCAGCUUACCGGCGGCGUCACUUGAGACUUAUGCUUUGAUGUGCACAAAAGAAAGUUGUUUUCGUGGAGGUACCUGUAUAGAAGGUUUUAAGCCAUUUCCUUCAUGUAGUUGCAAAUGUGAAGAGAUUAUCAAGACGCUUCCACCAGCGCACAUCUCCACCACAAUUUCUCCCUCAACGAAACAGGACAGUUGUGAGCCGUUAACGUUACCUCUUUGUCGAUCUAUGCCUUACAAUACUACAAUUUUUCCAAACUUGUUAAAUCACGCAACACAAGACGAAGCCGCUCUUGAUGUCCAGCUGUUUUAUCCUUUGGUAAAAUACGCUUGCUCGGAGCACUUAGAGUUCUUCCUCUGUGCUGUUUACGCGCCAGUUUGUUCCGUCUUAAAGGCUGCAGUUCCUCCCUGCCGCUCCCUUUGUAAUGGUGCAAGACUUGGCUGUGGAGAUGUUAUGAAAAGGUUUGGUUUCAAAUGGCCAGAGACUUUGAACUGCGAAAGAUUCCCUCUUGAAGGUGCAAGUAACUGCGUUGGAGUAAAUGGAUCGAUGGGACCUACUUCUCUGCCACAGACAACCUCCAGUCGUUCCUGUCUCACUAGUCAGUUCAUAUGUAACAGCACAAAAGAGUGCAUUGACAAAAGUCUUCUUUGUGAUGGUAAUGAUGACUGUGGUGAUAAUUCAGACGAAGACAGCUGUGGUAACGAAUGUGAUAACAAUGAAUUCCAAUGCGAUGAUAGAUCCUGUAUUCUGAUAAGUGCUGUUUGUGACGGCAAAAUUGACUGUGUUGACAAAUCGGACGAAACGCGCUGCAAUUACACCCAAGCAUGUACAAGCAAUCAGUUCCAAUGUCGUAGCACCGGAGUAUGCAUCAACAAAGUCUUUGUAUGUGAUGGUAGCAAUGACUGUGGAGACAUGUCCGAUGAAGAAAAGUGUAACACAACUGCACUUUGUAGUAUCACCGACCAGUUUCAGUGUGGAGCUUUUGAAAGAUGUAUCGAGAAGGUUCUUGUUUGUGAUGGUAAUGAUGACUGUGGGGACAACUCGGACGAAGUCGAUUGUGAAGAUGAUCGUCUUUGUAACGCUGAUGAGUUUAAAUGCAAUACAACAAGACGAUGUAUACCUGCAAAAUGGGUGUGUGAUGGAAUUAGUCAUUGCCCCGACAGCUCAGAUGAGGCGAAUUGCAACAACACUGAGUGUGUCGGCGAGGACAGAUUUCGAUGUAAAUCUAGAGCGGGUGCUUGCAUCCCGACCACAUGGAUUUGUGAUGGGCAAGAUGACUGUGGAGAUGACUCUGAUGAAGUGAACUGUACCCUGCCUCAAUGCGAAACGGGAGAGUUUAUUUGCAAGCCUUCCAAAUCGUGUAUGCCUGUCAGAUGGAAGUGUGAUGGAGAAUCUGACUGUCCGGACGAAUCAGAUGAAGCAGACUGUCCUGAAUUCUUGUGUAAACGCGAGUACUUUAAAUGCAAGAGUGUAGAAAAGUGUAUCCCAGAAAAAUGGGUUUGUGAUUCCGAUGACGAUUGCGACGAUAAAUCAGAUGAAGUUAACUGUGCUAAUAAUACGUGCGAGGCUUGGCUAUUUUCAUGCGAAACUUCUGGAAAGUGCCUCCGAAAAACAUGGGUUUGUGAUGGCCAAGACGAUUGUUCUGAUGGAUCGGAUGAAAAGAACUGCACCAGAAGCAAAUGUGAAGAUGAGGAAUUUUCAUGCAGCGCCUCGGGUACAUGUAUUCCAAAGAAACAACGCUGUAAUGGUGUAAAUGACUGUCAUGAUAACUCUGAUGAAUUAAACUGUACCUUACCUGUUUGCGAAGAGGGUCAAUUCCUUUGCGGUUCUAGGGGAUGCGCGCCUAACGCAUGGAGAUGCGAUGGUGAUUCUGACUGCCCAGGCAACUCAGAUGAAGUCAACUGCCCUACAGUAGCUGCAAAAUGUAGCAACCGUGAAUUUCAGUGUAAGGACAGUUCGUGCAUUCACGUCGGCUGGGUUUGUGAUGGCGAUCCAGAUUGUGAAGACAAUUCAGAUGAGUUCAACUGCACUUCUCCACGUGAAUGUCCGGGGAAUAUAUGCGGUGACGGUUUGUGCGAAACAAAUCAGUUCAUCUGUGAGAAUGGAAGGUGCAUAGAUGUGCAAGAGAGAUGUGAUGGAAAGGAUGACUGCUCUGAUGGUACCGAUGAGGCAGAUUGUGAUCAAGAAGUCUGUAAAAUCCGAGGAAACUGCAGUCAAGGUUGCUCAGUUGACGGAGAUGUUUACAUUUGCAAAUGCACUGAGGGCUACGAAUUAACAUCAGAUAACAAAACUUGCCGAGCUUUAGGCCCAGAAGGAUUUGUUUUUGCUGCAAAUCGCAAGGACAUUCGCCGAUUCUCAAUGAACACACUUACUCCCGAGUUAGUAGUGACUUCAGAUCAAACUAACUCCUUUUUUCUGGAUUUCAACUUUGACACAAAACAUAUCUACUGGAGUGAUAUGGUACAUGACAAUAUUCGACGAGCACCGAUUGAUAACGGCAGCGAUAUUGAAGUAGUUAUCGAGGGAAAUCUCAACAGACCAGAGGGCAUAACAGUAGACUGGAUCAACAAGAAGUUAUAUUGGAUUGAUGCGAACUCCACAGAAUCUGAGAUUGAGGUUGCUGACCUAAGUGGGAAAAAUCGUUUGAGUCUUAUCCAGGGAGACAUGCAAGAACCAAGAGCUAUUGCAGUACAUCCGCUUCUCGGUUACCUGUUCUGGACUGACUGGGGUAAACCAAGUAAAAUAGAGAGAUGCGCUAUGAAUGGCGACAGUGCAACACGUAAAGCUAUCAUAACGGAGAACAUAGGUUGGCCAAAUGGGAUUACAAUAGACUAUACUUUGAACAGAAUCUGGUGGACUGAUGCCAAGCUACACACCAUUGAAUCAGCUGAUUUGAAUGGAAAACAUCGCAAAGUUUUCUUAAAAGCCAGGCCUUUAAAGCGUCCUUUUGGGAUUUCAGUGUUCCUGGACAGCGUUUUCUGGACAGACUGGCAAACAUCGAAACUCCAUGUUGCGAAUAAGUUUACUGGAAGAGUUGUAAAUGCUGUUGUUCUGCAGAUGCCGAUGGAUGUUGUUGUGUUUCAUCGACAGAGGCAGCCAAUAGGAUCCAAUCCUUGUAACGUCACUGCACUGCUUGGUGGCUGCAGUCACAUCUGUUUAUUGGCGCCUGUUGACUCUUACCCACAAGGCUUUUCGUGCCGUUGUCCACCUGGAUUAACGCUGCUUGCUGACCAGAAGACCUGUAAUCCGCAGGCUCAGCCGCAACUUUGAGAAGUGAUGAAGCAUUCUAGUAUUUGGAGACUGGGGGAAGCGCAAGGGAGGGUGUGGUUAACACGAACGCUUUGCUUUUAUAACAAAUAUUAUCGAUAAACAUUUCCAAGCAACGAGUUACCGUAUUUCCUUGAAAGCGCCCCUCCCCCGAAUAAGCGCCCACCCCUAGACCAUAAUUUCAAAUAAGCACCCCCCUUCUCUUCUAGAUAGUAGGUAUACACGGAAAACCUGUUUCUACUGCCACUUUAUUUACAGUUUUUAAGCUUCAGCUACAGCGGGAUCAAUACAAGAGUAUGCUUUUUUUCCGUUCAGUCACUUCCAGUUAUUUCCAUAUCCAGGUGCUUGCAGAGUUCAUUUUUGUCCGUUAGCUGUAAUUUUAAUUUUUUCCUAUUGCCGUGCUGGCUUAAUAACCCCCUGUCCUUCCUCCUCGGUCAAGUGUCCUCCUUAUUUUAAAUAAUCGCCUGGGCGCUUAAUCGAGGAAAUACGGUUUUCUCAUUUUUUGGUUUCCAAUGUUAGCUGGCUCACGAAUCUACAACGUUUUUCUUGCAAUGUAUACUUGGCAAUUUUUCUUUUUUCAGAGGACAAUACACGAAGCGAACUCGCCCUAAAGUCAAUUAACCAAUAGUAAACUAUUA